GGACUUGUUCCGCGAACUUCUGUCUUCGCUCGCAACCCCCGUCUUCUCUCGCCUCUCGCUAUGGCUUUGAAGAUCUUUGAGAUCGAUUCCACACUUCGUGGCUGUGAAGGUCAAAUCUGGGAUCGAGUCAAUGGCUACAGGUGGUGGAAGAAUGAGUUGCAAGAGAAGGAGAAUGGCAUGGCAGAGUUUGCUGAAGGAUACAAGAUCUUUGGCUUCAAUCGCACCAAAGGUGGAUAUGUCUACCGUGAAUGGCUCCCCAACGCCAAGCAGGCCUUCCUGAUUGGUGAGUUCAACGGCUGGCAGAACAGCACACCGCUGCAGAACGAAGGCUUUGGCCGUUGGAAGGUGGAUCUGCCCAACAAGGAGGAUGGUAGCCCCAUGAUCCCGCAUGCCAGUCAGUUGAAGGUGCGCGUGGAAUCGAACGACGGUGGAUGGCAUGACCGCGUGCCUGCUUGGAGCAAGUUGGCUUGGCAAGAUCACACCACCAACCUCUUCAACGGCGUCUUUUGGGAGCCGCCGGAGGAGAAGCAAUAUGUCUUCCAGCACGCUCGCCCGGAGAAGCCCGAGAACCUGAAGAUCUACGAAGCACACGUCGGGAUGGGCUCGGUCGAGCCCAAGGUGGCCACUUACGUGGAGUUCGCCGAUAACAUUCUCCCGCGCAUCAAGCGCAUGGGCUACAACUGCGUCCAGCUCAUGGCUGUGGCGGAGCACGCUCACUACGGCUGCUUCGGGUAUCACGUGACCUCGUUCUUCGCGCCGGCCUCGCGUUCGGGGACCCCCGAAGAGCUGAAGUACCUGGUCGACACGGCCCACGGUCUUGGAAUUCAUGUCUUGAUGGACCUGGUCCAUGCGCACGCCUCGUCCAACACCCUGGAUGGCAUUGCACAGAUGGAUGGCACUGAUCAUUGCUACACCCACGGAGGACCCAAGGGCCACCACAGCGAGUGGGACUCGAAGAUCUUCAACUACCUGAAGUACGAGGUGCUUCGAUUCCUUCUCUCCAACAUCAAGUGGUGGUUGACCGAAUACCAAUUCGAUGGCUUUCGCUUCGACGGCAUUACCUCCAUGCUUUACCACUCCCAUGGUAUUGGCAAAGGCUACACUGGCGGUUACCACGAGUACUUUGGACCCGAUGCCGACAUUGACAGCCACAUCUACUUGAUGUUGGCCAACGACCUCAUCCAUUCAGUGGUCCCUUCGGCCGUCACCGUCGCUGAGGAUGUGAGCGGCAUGCCGACCAUUGGCCUGCCCGUGGAGUGGGGCGGCUUUGGCUUCGACUAUCGUUUGGCAAUGGCCAUUCCCGAUAUGUUUAUCAAAUUGCUGAAGGAAGUGGGCGAUGACAACUGGGACAUGGGCCACAUUUGCUACACGCUCACGAACCGACGACAUCUGGAGAAGGUGGUGGCCUAUGCCGAGUCUCACGACCAGGCGAUUGUGGGUGACAAGACAUUGGCCUUCUGGCUGAUGGAUGCCGCGAUGUACACGGACAUGAGUAUUCACCAAAAUCCUCACCACACCAUGGCCGUGGACCGCGGCCUGGCGCUUCACAAGAUGAUCCGAUUGCUGGUGCAGGGCCUGGGCGGAGAGGGCUACUUGAACUUCAUGGGGAACGAAUUCGGCCACCCCGAGUGGGUCGACUUCCCUCGCCCCGAGAAUGGCUGGAGCCACCACCAUUGCAGGCGCCGCUUCGACCUCCCCGAGGACGACUUACUGCGGUACAAAUUCUUCCAAAACUUCGAUGAGUUGAUGAACGCCUUGGAGAAUCGCUUCAAGUGGUUGAGCUCAUGGCAUCAGUAUGUGACCUUGAAGCACGGCGCUGACAAGGUGAUCGUCUUCGAGCGUGGCGAUUUGCUGUUCGUCUUCAAUUUCCAUCCCUGCAACAGCUAUGAUGGAUACCAACUGGGCUGCAUGUGGAAUGAGCCCAUGCGAACCAUCCUGGACACCGAUGAGGGGCGCUUUGGAGGGCAUCAGCGACUGGAGUAUGGCCAUGGCAAUCCUUUUCCACCCAUGCAUGGCGCGCACAGCCGCAACCACUCAGUGAAGAUGUACUUGCCGGCGCGAACUGCCCAAGUCUUGGUGAGAGACAGCCUCCUUCAAGGUGGUGUGAAGAUUUGGAUGGAUGGCAGCUUUUUGUCGUAUUGGAGUCUCCCCACGUGCGAGGGGAUGAAGCUUUCCUUGCAGACCUGGAAGGAUGGCAAGCAGGAGAUGAUGGACUUUGACUUCAACGACGCCGGUUGCGUGGAGCUGGGCUUGAACUUUGAUGCCACCUUCCGCAUCUUGGAUGCGACCGGCCAGGACUUGCCCUGCAAAUCCUCCAAAGACGGCUUCUACCGUGUCUUCUUCCCAGGUGACUAUGCCGUCUCUGGCCUGGGCUACCUGAAGAACGGCCCGGGCUGCCCGGUGGACAAGUUCGAGGAUCCUGAGGAGGUGGAAGAAGCGGAGCAAGCGGAGGAAACGCCCGAGGCGUCCCCCACGACGGUGCCGAAGGACGAGGCGAAGGACGCGAAGGCCAAGGAAGGCAAGACAGGUGGCUACAGCGCUGGAAGCGCGGUGCCUGCAGCUGCAGGCAAGGCAGUGAGCGCCGAAGUGACGACCAGCGCCGUGGUGGGAGCCUGACCGAGUCUCCGUGGCCGUGGUGAAGUUGAAGACCAAUGAGAGUUUCAAUCCUUUUACAGCAGUCAGGAGCAGAAUUUCUCGGGUUCCGGCGCUCCCUCCAGUUUUCUCAAACCAAGUCAUCCCGUUCGCCUCCCGAACGACCAUUAAAAAAAGAGGCAGCGACCUGGUGACCUGUCGUGUCAAAUCAGUCAA